AUCCACCAUGACGCCCACAGACUUUGCAAGUCUCUUGCCUAACGCGUCUGAGGAGUACAACUACGGCUUCCCAAGUUCCCUGGACGACUAUCCGGACUUCAGUGACCUCUUCUGCGAGAAGAGCCACGUCCGGAAGUUUGCCAGCCGCUUUCUCCCGCCCCUGUACUGGCUGGCGUUCACCGUGGGCGCUUUGGGCAACAGCCUGGUCAUCCUGGUCUACUGCUACUGCACGCGGGCGAAGACCGUGACUGACAUGUUCCUUCUGAACUUGACCAUGGCCGACCUUCUCUUCCUCCUCACUCUGCCCUUCUGGGCCUCCGCGGCUGCUGACCAGUGGACGUUCUCGGGCUUCGUGUGCAAAGUGGUCAACAGCACGUACAAGGUGAAUUUCUACAGCUGCGUGCUUCUCAUCACGUGCAUCAGCGUGGACAGGUACAUCGUCAUCACCCAGGCCAUGAAAGCGCAGAUGUGGAGGCGCAAGAGGCUCCUGUACAGCAAGAUGGUUUGCGUCACCAUCUGGGUGGGUGCGGUGGUGCUCUGCACCCCAGAAAUGCUCUAUAGCCAAGUCACGUGGAAAUCAAACGUCUCCGCCUGCACCAUGGUGUACCCCAGUAACUUGAGCACCAGAGUGAAGUCGUCGGUCCUGACGCUGAAGGUCAUCCUGGGGUUCCUCUGCCCCCUGGGGGUCAUGGUGUUCUGUUACACCAUCAUCAUUCACACCCUGCUCCGAGCCAAGAGGUCGUCCAAGCACAAGGCCCUGAGGGUCAUCGUCGCUGUGCUGACCGCCUUUACUGCCGAGCCUUUCUUCCUGGUCGCCACGAGUCUGGUCUCCACACCGAAACCUGUUCAGCCGCUGAGCACCACACAGGCCUCCACAGGGAGACGGAGGGGCCAGGGGGCUGAGCAGGAGGGGUACCGGCUGGGAAUGGAAGGCAGUUUGUCCCAAACGGAAGGCCCUGGGAGCCUCGCCACUGACAGGAUUGGCUGCCCAGAUGCCGUGGAGCCCGGGCCCCUGCACUGA